AUGGCAGAUACCGAGUGGUACAUAAGCUUGGAGGGGGUGGAUUUGCAACUGUCUGGCUGGCAAGAGACAUUCAGUGUGUUGGAGAAAUCGAAUGUUGCGUUGAAAAUAAUCAAUGCAAACGCCAACGACCGGCGUAAUGCGGUGAUACACCUUCUCGACGACUUCGACCUGAGCAAAUCGCACAAAGGUCUGGUGCUGGAUGUCAUGGGAGCUGACGUGCAGUCCCGGGCUGAUGCUCAACCUGGACACCGACUGUCAAGGACGACAGCCACUAGUGUAGCUCAGCAAGUGACUCUCGGGUUGGACUAUCUUUGGAAAUGUGGUGUGGCGCACGGAGAUCUUUAUAGCAGGAAUGUUCUCUUCACGGCCCCGGAGAUCGCUGCAUUGCCAGACGAGCAAAUAAUAUCCCCGCCUUGGAAGGCCGAGAACUGGUCCAGUCAGCAGACGGGAUGGCAGUGUUUAGAGCCCUCGAUGCCAUCAUAUCUGGUCAGUCCGAAGUCUAUUCGGGGGAGUGAUAGCGAGAUCAAGACUAUGGAUCUGGGAAAUGCAUUCUUCCACAACAGCCCACCACGGCUACUCGCCACUCCUUGGCACGUUCGAGCGCCAGAGGCCAUCUACAGCCAACGACUAAGCAAAUACGUGGACAUGUGGAGCAUGGGAUGCUUGUUCUUUGAGACAAUAACAGGUCGGACAUUCACGGAUGCUUUUCUGGCGGACAGAAGCAGCAUGAUGACGGGACUGAAAAUGGUUCUCGGCUCCCCACCCGCAAAAUGGUUGGGGGACUUGGAUACCGAGACGCGAGAACUCGUCAGCCAGGCGCGCACAAGGGAUAUGACUUUCGACCGAUAUCUCCAGCUCAACUAUGACCAGGAUGAUGAUCAGUUAUUAGACUGCGAAGAUGAGGAUGAAAUACCCGUUGAAGAGUACGAGAAACCCAAAUGCGAGUUUACGGACGAGGAGCUGCACGCUCUAUCUCGUGUCCUUUCCAGGCUUCUGAGCUAUGACCCGACAUCAAGAGGAUCACCGCAGGAAUUGCAGAAUGCUCUGCAGUGCAUCCUGGCGGUGCAAGACCUGGCGUCCAUGACUCCCAUCAGGCUGAUUUCCUCCAUACCCCUCGUUGUUCUCUUUCAACACAUCUAUACGUGCUCGAGGCCCCUCAUGGCUGCGGCCGUAGGCAUCUUAGCCGGUACUGUCACCAGUGCUGGGUUGCUCAAAGCAUGGAUUGAAGCAUUUGAGUUCUUCAAAGCAUCACUAUCGGAGGAACUCAACUUCCUUGAGGCUUUGGUCAAGCCCAAUAUCGGAAAAGGCAGACUCUACACUUGGGGUGAGGCGAUGGGCCUGACUCCACCGCCUGUCCAGCCUCACGCCCAGCCUCGCGCACUCGACACAUUUGGUUCUAGAGGCCUGGUCAUCACGACGCUCGAAGCACUUUUGAAGCUGUUCUCUGCGCGAAGUCGACAUAUCAGCCUCAAGAAGAAGUUCAAAUGGCUCCUCAAAGACCGAAAGAAAUUCCUGGCGCUGGUUUCGAAAGUCAAGGUCCUGAUCGUCGGACUGCAGGAUAUCACGAACCACAUCGAACCAGUCAAAUUUCAGCUACGAGCCAUAGCGUACCCGUAA